ACGGGGCGGCCUAGGUUGUGGCGGUUCCUCGGUGAUUGCGCGCUCGGGACUGAGGCGUUUGGGGCCAUUCGGACGAUGCCGUGACGCAGCACAGCGACAGUGUUGGCAGUGUGAGCGCACCCCUGCGAAGGGAGCCCUUCAGUCCUGGAGGCGGCGCGCCGUGGAGACAGGUCGCUGUUUGAGACUGCUCCCUCAAAGCCCUUCAGCGAGUGGGGGAGGGGCGGCGGACGGCGAGCGGUCCGGGUUUGCGCUUGCGCUGGAGCCUCUGCCGACCCGGCCCGCACGCACGCGCAUGCCCGUAGCGCGCGGAGCCGCGGUGGCCAGCAACACCGCGCGUGCGCGCUGAGGAGCCCGCUAAGGAGCGGCGCUGGCGGACGUCGGGCUGGCGGCCCGUGACGUCGUGAGGAGCGCUUUAAAGUGCGGGCCGGGCCGGGCGUCUGAGGGUCUGGCUGGGAGUCAGGCCGAGUCUCCGUAGCAGCCCUCCGCGGCAUGAGGCGUUGCCGGCGUCCCUGCCCCCUGGGACGUGGAGAAGGUGGAGGAGGAAGAAGCCCUGUUGUCGCCACCACUGCAUGACCCGCCGCUCCUGAGGCCCGACCCCUCGACGCUCCCCGCCUGGUCGUCCGCCCACGCAUGGGGGCCCGGUGCUGAGAACUUCAUUCCCUCCGGGGGCCCCGGGCGCGUCCCCCGAGAGCCAUGCCCGGCCGCCCCGCCCGCCCCGGAGGACCCUAGAACAGCGUCGCGGGGGCCAUGGCGGCCGCCAGCGGCUACACGGACCUGCGUGAGAAGCUCAAGUCCAUGACGUCCCGGGACAAUUAUAAGGCGGGCAGCCGGGAGGCCGCCGCCGCGGCCGCCGCUGCUGUAGCCGCUGCCGCCGCGGCCGCGGCUGCGGCCGAACCUUACCCCGUGUCCGGGGCUAAGCGCAAGUAUCAAGAGGACUCGGAUCCCGAACGCAGCGACUAUGAGGAGCAGCAGCUGCAGAAGGAGGAAGAAGCGCGCAAGGUGAAAAGCGGCAUCCGCCAGAUGCGCCUCUUCAGCCAGGACGAGUGCGCCAAGAUCGAGGCCCGAAUCGACGAGGUGGUGUCCCGCGCUGAGAAGGGCCUCUACAACGAGCACACGGUGGACCGGGCCCCUCUGCGCAACAAGUACUUCUUUGGCGAGGGCUACACUUACGGCGCCCAGCUGCAGAAGCGCGGGCCCGGCCAGGAGCGCCUCUAUCCGCCGGGCGACGUAGACGAGAUCCCCGAGUGGGUGCACCAGCUGGUGAUCCAGAAGCUGGUGGAGCACCGCGUCAUCCCCGAGGGCUUCGUCAAUAGCGCCGUCAUCAACGACUACCAGCCCGGCGGCUGCAUCGUGUCUCACGUGGACCCCAUCCACAUCUUCGAGCGCCCCAUCGUGUCCGUGUCCUUCUUUAGCGACUCUGCGCUCUGCUUCGGCUGCAAGUUCCAGUUCAAGCCUAUCCGGGUGUCAGAACCUGUGCUUUCCCUGCCUGUGCGCAGGGGGAGCGUGACUGUUCUCAGUGGAUAUGCUGCUGAUGAAAUCACUCAUUGCAUACGGCCUCAGGACAUCAAGGAGCGUCGCGCUGUCAUCAUUCUUAGGAAGACAAGAUUAGAUGCACCCCGCUUGGAAACAAAGUCCCUGAGCAGCUCCGUAUUACCACCCAGCUAUGCUUCAGAUCGCCUGUCGGGAAACAACAGGGACCCUGCUCUGAAACCCAAGCGGUCCCACCGCAAGGCAGACCCCGAUGCUGCUCACAGGCCACGGAUCCUGGAGAUGGACAAGGAAGAGAACCGGCGCUCAGUGCUACUGCCCACACACCGGCGAAGGGGUAGCUUCAGCUCUGAGAACUACUGGCGCAAGUCCUACGAGUCCUCGCAGGACUGCUCGGAGGCGGCAGGCAGCCCUGCCCGAAAGGUGAAGAUGCGGAGGCACUGAGGCCUGCCCGCCACCCUCCUGGGAACUCUGGCUAAUCCUCACGUAGCUGCCCUCCUUUUGUUUUGUUUUGAGGAUUUUGUUUGUUUGUUGUUGUUGGUUUUUUUUUUUUUUUGAAUCCUAUAUAUUUUUUCCUUGAUUUGUUGCCUGUUAAGGCUGAAGAACAGAACUGGCCAGGACCUGGGUUCUCAUGUUUUUGGUUUUCCUCCUGGACGGAAAGGCUGUUGGCAUCUGUAGGGGACAGAGGCUCACGCUGGAGUGGCCAGUAGAGGUAUGGGGUGCAGCCAUCUUCAAGUGGGGCUGUGUCAGGCAGGGUUCAUUUAAAAGCAACAAAAUGUUUUAGUUAAAAAAAUUCUUUUGCUUUCAUUGUAAAUCUUUGCUGUGUUCUAAACAAAGUUCAAUCUCUUACCCCCCCUUCCCUCCACUUACGUGUUUGGCUGAGGUCUCCUGGGACCUUGCUGGUUCUGUGCUGGGCCUGCUGUCCUCCACUUUUCACCUCUCUGUGCCCUGGAAGCUCAUGCAAACACCCUUCCUUCCUCCUGUGGCAGGGUGGUUCAGGUUGGCUGGGCAGAGGCUUAAACAGUGCCAGCCCCUGCCACCUUAAAGCUAUUGCUGAGCCCCCUGGGCUUCCACGCGUACUGGCCUGCUCUGCCCACAGUUGCUUGGGCUGCUGAGGGGCUAGCGCAGCGGUCCUGACCUCUCUUGCCAAAAGCACACCUCUUUGCUGGGUUGCUCCUUUGAAGCAUAUGCUUGUGAUUGUAUGGAACAGUUAGACUCGCCAUGUUGGGUCAGUUUUAGGAAUUUUUUCUAGCUAGAGGGACUGGUGUCCUAGCAUUUGGGGUAUGGAAAUUUGUUGUGGUGUGUGGUAGGGUUUUUGUUUUCUUUUGAGUUUUUUCUUUUGGUCUCUUGGCUUCCUCCUUUCCCUUUCCUUCUUCCUCCAUUGGCCAGCUUGGGCCGCCUCCCCCUGCCAUCCCUCUAGGAAGGCGCCUGCGCCCUCUGCCUGCAACAUACAUCCAAGGCCAGAGCUCAGGCCUGCAGGCUGGAUUGUUGCUGUCUCCACCUCAGGCAUGUGAGCUGGGGAAGUGGCUUUUAAAAAAUAAUAGAAAAAAAUUAAAGUUUUUGGCAGUUUCUACCCACUCAGAUCCUGGAAAGCUGCAGGGUUUUGCUGAUCUAGAUUCAUUAGGAAUGUCUUCUCAUCAGCCAGGCCAGGACCUGGGCUUGCCGAGAGCAAGGCCUCCCGGCAGCCAGGCUACCACCAUUAUGGGGCUUUGUUUCCAGAGGCCCAGGCCUAAGGCCUCAGAGGCUGCAGAAAUCUGGGGCAGCCACCAUCAAGAAGCCCCUCUCAGGGGCCAGAACUCCUUUGCCAGCGUGGAUUCCUCAAGUCGGGACUGCAUAACUAAAGCAGUUGCAGUUUUAUUUUUUUUACAGCUUUUUUCCCAAAAAUGAUUUGUAGUUGUGUGUGCAGCACUUUGCCCUGAUAUGUGUGCUCUACAAUAAAAACCAAAUCUAAUAUAUUUUGAAA